AUGUCAAGUGUCAUCGAGGCUGAGCUGGAUACUAGUUCAAUCAAGCAGAUACUGAAACACGAUUCCAAUGUUGCGUUCAUUGCGGGUGGUAUAGCUGGAGCAGUGUCACGAACGAUUGUAUCACCUUUUGAAAGAGUUAAGAUUCUUUUACAAGUGCAGAAUUCCAGCAAUGCAUAUAACCAAGGUAUUUUCAAUGCAAUAAAACAAGUCUACCAGGAAGAAGGUGUCAAAGGGUUAUUUAGAGGCAAUGGAUUAAAUUGUAUUAGAAUAUUCCCAUACAGCGCAGUGCAAUUCGUUGUUUAUGAAAGCUCUAAAAAACAUAUCUUCGGUGUCGAUGGUGUUAGAAGGAACGAGCAACUAACCAAUGGACAACGCUUAUUUAGUGGUGCAUUAUGCGGAGGUGCGAGCGUCGUGGCUACGUAUCCUUUGGAUUUAGUAAGGACAAGAUUAUCCAUUCAAACAGCAAAUUUGAAAAACUUACAGAAAUCUAAGGCGAAAAGUAUAGUUAAACCACCUGGUGUCUGGGAACUUUUGUGUAAAAUAUUUCGAGAAGAAGGUAACAUUAAAGGCUUAUACAGAGGUGUUUGGCCCACAAGUUUAGGCGUUGUACCAUAUGUUGCCAUCAAUUUUGCCGUCUACGAGCAAUUGAAAGAAUUUAUGCCCAACAGCAAAGUCAAUGGGAGAUCCACGUGGAAUGAAAACGUCUGUAAACUACUUAUUGGUGCCAUUAGUGGAGGAGCAUCUCAAACUUUAACUUAUCCAUUCGAUUUACUGCGGAGACGAUUCCAGGUUCUCUCCAUGGGAAAUAGCGAGCUUGGCUUUCAUUAUACCAGUGUUACUGACUCCUUGAUUACAAUUGGUAAGACUGAGGGAUUCAAGGGCUACUACAAGGGUCUGACUGCCAAUCUGUUCAAAGUGAUACCUUCAACUGCGGCAAGCUGGCUUGUCUACGAGUUUGUCUGCGAAACCAUGAGAAACUGGUGA